AUGUGACUACAAUCCAGUAAAGGAUAGAGGGUUUUUGGAGGACUCCAUCAGAUGCAGGCUUUCUCAUGGCUUAGUGCUUGGCAAAGCCCUCGCAAUCAACCACUUGUGCAAAAGUGAUAUAAUCGGUGCCAAGGUAUCUUGCAAACAGGGGGAGAGAGAGAACAAUAGUUUUGGGUUUUGAGCGAUGUGAGAUUCUAGAGGAAGAGAGAGCAGGGGAUCGGCUGGUUUACAGAUCUACAUAGAAAUAUAAAAAAGUAUAUGGGUUUUGAGGGGUUUAGGAUUGUAGAGGAAGUGAGAGAAGAGAUUGGCUGGGCUAGAAGAUGGGGAAGGAAGAAAUCUGCAGAAUAAACUUACCCUACCCUAAAUUAGGGGAUCUGUUUCUCUCUCUACAGUAUCUGGUUUGGUUAAUCGCUGCUAUAUGUCUACGAUUUGCCUGGUUUUUCUUCUGGCUAUGCUCUCUGCUAUGAGAAAUGCAGGUUGAUGGUUGAUGCCUUACACAGAGAGUGGAGAGAUUGUCUCUCGCCCAUGGUGGGGUAAAUUGGAUGACGGGAAAUCGGAGCGUGUAAACUGGGUGCCGUAUGUACGGAGAUGGGAGGUGGAAUGGGUUUUGUAGAAGUCCUUGGUUCGAUAGAUAGAUCGGUCUUUGCUUUUCUAGAGAGAGAAAGAUCAGAGACCGAAAACACUCUGCGUCGUCCUCUUAAUCUCAAUCUCUACAUCUCUCUGUCUUGUUUUUAAGAGAGAAAAAGAAGACUGCACUCUUUCACUCUCAUCUCCUCCUCUCUCUUUUUGAACUCUCCUCCAUUGGAGUGACCGGCUUUGGCUUGGGCUUGGGCUUUGGUUUCAUAGCUUUAAAGAAGUUAAAAAGCCGUUCGGUAAUUUAAAGACCAGAGAGCUUCUUUUCGUUUAAACAUAAAUUCAAUUUGGUUUACGUCACCCCUAAUUCGGAAUAGAAGUGUUCUUAAUUUGAAAUUAACCCAUAUUACCCGUACAUAAAUUUGUCAAAUAUUUACUGGUUAGAAUGGAGAAGGGGACCCAUGUUAAAACUUGUUAACAUUUACCAGCUUACACAAGAUAUGAACUUUUUGUGCAGCAUUCGAAAACUCAUCACGUCCACUCUUUCCCCUCUUCUACUCUUUCUUUCUUUCUCUUCUCUCCCCCUCUCCUAAUUAUAUAUCUCAAAAUUGAAGUCUCUUCUCGUCCAAGAUUAUUUACACCGAGUACAGAGUCAAGUUACAGGUCCUCUCUCCUGGGAGAUCAUGGCGACGAUAGGAGGCAUGGACAAGCUCUUGAGCAACGGCAUCAGUACCCUGUCUCUUGACCCAUUCAUCCUCCCACCCGAUCAACGACCCGAUUUCUCAGAUAUCUCCUCCGAUGAAAUCCCGGUCAUUGAUCUCAGUCAUACCAAAAUUCUCCAGCAGAUAUCUAAUGCCUGCAAAGAGUACGGGUUCUUUCAGAUAGUGAACCAUGGUGUACCAAACGAUGUUAUAGAGAGCAUGUUUGAUGUGGCCAAAGAAUUCUUCGAGAUGCCAGUCGAAGAGAGAGCUAAGCUCUAUUCAGAGGACCCGAAAAAGGAAGUGAGGGUUUCGACGAGUUUCAACAUCAGAGAAGAAGAGGUACUGCACUGGAGGGAUUUUCUCAGGCAUCCUUGCCAUCCUUUGGAGGAUUUCAUCAACUCCUGGCCUGAAAAGCCCCAAAAAUACAGGGAAGUAGCCAGCAGAUACGUCGUCGAAAUAAGAUCCCUGAUAUUGAACCUGAUGGCUCUUUUAUCCGAGGCACUCGGACUCGAUCCCGGAUACUUGAAUGAGAAAUUUGGGAAGCAUAAGCACAUAAUGUUGAUCAAUUACUACCCUCCAUGCCCUGAUCCAAAUCUGACCCUCGGAGUGCCAUGCCACUCCGAUUUUGAUGGAUUUACAAUUCUUCUACAGGAUGAAACAGGCGGCUUGCAGGUAUUGAAAGAUGGAAAGUGGAUCGCCGUCAAGCCUAUGAGAAAUGCUUUGGUAUUUAAUGUGGCAGAUCAAUUACAGGUUAUUAGCAAUGGGAGGUUCAAAAGCGUGAAGCACCGCGUAGUCACAAACUCGACAGCUGCUCGGAUUUCAAUACCAACAUUUUACGGCCCCUCUUCGGAUACCUUAAUUGGGCCUGCAGAUGCAUUGGUGAAUAAGGAGAAUCCUGCAAUUUACAAAAGUUACAUAUUUGCUGAGUUCUUUGAUGCAUUUUGGAGCAAGGAUGCCAAAAAGAAGAGCGCCCUAGAUGACUUCAUACUUCGUCCUUGACUUGAUUACAGUAUUAAACCAUUUUCAGCUUAGCCUAAAAUAACUUAAUAUGGUUGCAGAAGACAAUCAAGUUUUCUUUUCAUUAUUAUGUUUGUGAUAUUAUGUGACAGGCAAGCUUUCUUUACUUUCCCUAUUGCAUAAAACUUAUAUAUUUACCCGUAUCCAACUAUCCAUUCUGAA